GUAUAAAUUUGAUGCCUGUAACAUGCGUUUCUCUCUGAAAAAUUUGGCAAAUGGACUCUCUUUUCGUAAAUUUUCUUUAAAUGCGCAAUGUGAUGUAACUUUCGAGGAAUUGAAUAAAUGGGAAACAGCGAUGAGGGUUGCUUGAAAUCUACGACAGAAGAUUAUUGUAUUUUAUAAUAGGUAUCUUAGUUGGUUUUUAUUUAUAAUAUAUAAUCAUGACAUCAAGGUUGGACAGAUUAUUUAUAUUAUUAGAAACUGGCACAAAUGCAGUGACUAAAAGAGCAGCAGCUCAGCAACUUGGAGAAGCACAAAGAUUACAUCCUCAUGAUCUUCAUCAUCUAUUAGCACGAGUUUGUACUCUUUUGAAAUCUCCACAAUGGGACACAAGGAUUUCAGCUGCGCAUGCAGUGCAAGCUAUACUUACUCAGGUUCCUCCUUGGAAUCCAGAACCAGUAGAAAACAAAUCAUGCCAGGAUGAAUCAAACACAGAUAAACAACGUACAGUCAGUAAUAAACUGACUUUAGAAAGUUUUGACAUGGAAAAAAUCCUAGCUCGUAGUUCUCAUUUGACUGGAUCAGAGGGCAGUGAAUAUGAUUUAAUUGUACCGGAGGGUGAACAAGUUAAUAUUCCGAAUCAAGAUAAAAAGAUUGCUGACAAAUUAGGUUUACAUCCACGAUUAAUGGGCAUCGAUACAUCAGAACUAUUUACUUCUGAUGAUCUUUUACCUGCGAUAUGUUCUCCAGUGUCUGAAGUAACAUCUAAAAUACCAAUUGAAGAAACAUUAAAACAACCAGGUGGACUUAGCAGAAGAGAAAUGAAUAGAGCAAGACGCAAGGCACGACAGACAGUAUCUAAACGAUCACGAGAGACUGAUGAUCCUCCGGAUAAUGUAACGAUAUCAGAUACAGUAGUAAAUAAUAGUGGAGAUAUAUUAAAUAAAAAAUUUAAAUUAGAGGAAACGAUCUCAUCGAAUACAGGAUCUCUUGGCAGUGUAUCAAACGAAAUUGUAAAUGGUGUGCCAGAUGGAACUGGUUCUUGGCCAGAUUCUGUAAUUGACUGGCCCUUAGAAUCAUUUGCAGAAAAUCUUUGUCAAGAUUUAUUUAGUCAAAAGUGGGAAGUACGUCAUGGUGCAGCAACUGCUUUGCGAGAGCUUGUACGUCUUCAUGGAAAAGGUGCAGGAAAAUUUCGUGAUCAAACUAUAGAAGAAAUGAAAGAAAGCCAUUAUCAGUGGGUGAUUGAUGCAGCCUUAAGGCUUUUAUGUGUACUAGGUCUUGAUCGUUUUGGUGACUUCGUAUCGGAUCAAGUUGUUGCUCCUGUCAGAGAAACUUGUGCACAAGCACUUGGUUCUCUCUUAUUGUUAAUACCAAAAGAUAAAGAUGACAAAGUUAAUAAUAACGGUAUUAUGGGAAUACUUUCUAUCGUAUUGAAGCUUUUAGGAUACGAUGAAUGGGAAGCUAGACAUGGUGCUCUGUUAGCAUUGAAAUAUUUACUGGCUGUACGUGAUGAUCUAUUAGAUGAAGUAUUACUAAAAGUAUUUCCUGCUAUUAUGCAAGGUCUUUCCGAUCCGGUAGACGAUGUAGGUGCCGCUGCGGCAAGUGCUCUCAUACCAGUAGCAUCUGCUUUACCAAGAUUAUUAAAGCCUCCAGAAUUGGAAGCAAUAGUAACGCGACUUUGGCAAUUAUUGCGUGAACAGGAUGAACUGGCAGCUGCAUGCAACAGUUUUAUGGGUCUGUUAGCUGCUAUACUUUCGUUACCAGCUGCACGUGCUUCUAUUACACCUCAACCAUUAUCACAGGUAUUACCAAGAUUAUGGCCUUUUCUUAGCCAUUCAAGUUCAAGCGUACGUAAAGCUACUUUACAAACAUUACAAACAUUGACUGGAGAUGAUGGUAAUCUAAGCGAAGAUAAAAAAGAAAGAUGGGGUAUAGGCGGUGGAAUCAUAUUACAAGAAGCUUUACGUCAUGUCUUUCAACGUGUCUUAAUCGAACACGUUACCGCGAUCCAAGACGUAGCCGUAUGUGUUUGGGAAAAUCUAGUCAUACAAAGUGAUCUUGAACUUCUACUGCAUGCAGCUUGUCCCUUAGUUAGCACAUGGCUUUGCCUAACUAUGCAACCAGAGCAUGUGCCAUUUAAUCCAAAUUUAUUAGUGACUGUGGCUUCUCCUGGCAAGGGGACAAAAAGUAACCAUCAAAUAGGUAACUGUGAUGGACAAUCGGACUGUAGUAGCAACGGUGGAAGCAAUAGUAUUAGUGGCAGUGUAAAAUCUUCUACAGAGCUAAAAGUAUAUAUUGGCGGAAUUGAAACUGUAGCGCAAAAUCUCAGACACGCUAACGUAGUACAAGCACGUUGCAAAGCAGCACGGAUGCUUGGACUUUUAUCUCACUAUAUAGUUCAACCAGCACCAGGCGUCAUUUAUACGCCAGACAUUCCUAGUCCAGCUGUAUGUUAUGCUAAAGUAUUAUUGGCACAUCUUAAUUCACGAUCAGCGUUACAGCGGACAGUUGCAGGUCUUACUAUGUCUCAUUGGGCUGUCGUUGAAGAAUCUAAUCCACCUGUAAUACCCGACAUACUUAAGGAUAGACUAUUGCAAUGUUUAACCGAAUGUAUAUAUUACGAUGAAAUUGCUACGUCAUUUACACGUUUGUUGCAUGAAAGCCGUGAUUACUUUGCAACUUUGAAACAUUACAAAUUGAAUGUACCCGUCGAAGUGGAUUCUUCGGGCGUAAUGACUUUCGAUCAAAUCGCAAUACUCGCUGGAAAACCUAUCUUAGAACUUUGUGCCAUCAGUAGUGCAGGAGGAUCAACUGCAACCUCAGCCGUUGGUGGCGGUGGUGGAAAUGGAAUUGGGAUUAAAUUGAAACCCAAAUUGGUGGAAAGUUUAGAAGAAAGGAGGCGAGCUUUAGAAGUUGGUGCCGCUACAACAGCGACACAACAACAAUCAUUGAAUAUUAUGUCGAUGGCUGCUUUAGCAGGAGCUGCUACUAUGUUACAUUGUCUACCGGAAGCUCCACAGCCAUUAAAUCCAAUCGUUAAACCAUUAAUGGAAGCUAUCAAACGCGAAGAGAACGAAGAAUUACAGAAAUUAGCUGCUAAACAUUUAGCUCAUCUCGUUGAUCUUUGUGUCGAUAGAAGUCCUUCGCCAAAUACAAAGAUAUCAACUAAUUUGUGCACAUUUCUGUGCUCAGACAGUGAGUUCACACCGAGAGUGACAAACGCAAAAGAUAGUGACACUUUCGACGGUAUUCUUACAUUGAAUAAUAGACAAAAACAUGCCGAAAGAAUAGCUUAUAAUCGUGGAGCAGGAAGUGGAAUUGGUGGAGGAAGAGGCCCAGGUAGACCACCUAUAACUGAAAUUCCAUUGGAAGAAUUACUUGCUUGUGAAGAGCCUGAAGCGAAAGCUGCUAGAACACGACGUCGUGGAGCUACGUUAGCUCUUACAGCUUUAGCAAAAUUAUUUGGUGUUCAAUUACCUUCACGUUUACCCCAUCUUUGGGAUUUAAUUCUACCAAGUAUAUUACGACAAGGAUCAGAAGAUGUUCUUCCUAAGAAUUCUCAGGAGGAAGCUAAUCAACUUAUUUCUGGAUUACAAGUACUUGAAAUUAUGGCUCCAAGUUUACACUCUUCUCUGCUACCACCAGCUCUCGAGUGUUUAUCUCGUUUAUGCGAUUUAUUGGCAAACCCAUAUAAAGCUGUUAGGCACAUGGCAUCACGAUGUAUAGCUAUAUUAGCUAGUGUGGAUGCAGAAAAAACUAUGCAAUAUGUGAUACGUAAUGUGAUACCAUUAUUAGAAGCUAGUGGCAAAGAAAGAAGUCAAUCUAAAAUUCUUACUGCUCCAAAUGAAGUAGAUUUGAUGAGACAAGGUGCUGCUGAAGCGUUGGCCUGUAUAAUAGAAACCUUAGGCGUCAAUGUCAUUCCAUAUUCUGUACUUUUUAUGGUACCUCUGCUUGGUAGAAUGAGCGAUCAAAAUCAAGCCGUAAGAUUGGUUUGCAGUGCAACGUUUGCAACGUUAGUACAAUUGUUGCCACUUGAUCCCGGUGCAAUUGCAGAUCCACCUGACUUAGUAGAGGAGAAAGCUCAAGAACGAAAAUUCCUCGAACAACUGUUAAAUCCUCGGAGUAUACCAGAUACGGAAUUAUUAAUUCCUGUAGAAGCAGAAUUACGUAGUUAUCAACGUCAAGGAUUAAACUGGUUGGAUUUCUUAAACCGUUAUCACUUACAUGGUGUUCUAUGUGAUGACAUGGGUCUUGGCAAGACUUUACAAACUCUUUGUAUAUUAGCUUUGGAUCAUCAUCGUAAUACACAGGCACCACCUAGUUUAGUAGUAUGUCCACCCACAUUAACAGGUCAUUGGGUGUAUGAAGCAGAAAAAUUUUUCCGAAGCCAGGAUCUAUCAGUUAUUCAAUAUGCUGGUACACCUCCAGAACGUGAAAAAUUAAGACCACGUAUUUCUCAACAUAGACUGAUUGUAGGAAGUUACGAUAUUAUACGAAAGGAUAUCGAAUUUUUUGAAGCACUUCAAUGGAAUUAUUGUGUGCUUGACGAAGGUCACGUAAUAAAAAAUGGAAAGACAAAAAGUGCCCAAGCAGCUAAACGUUUGCGUGCUAAUCAUAGGCUGAUAUUAUCUGGAACGCCAGUGCAAAACGAUGUACUCGAAUUAUGGUCUCUCUUUGACUUUCUAAUGCCAGGUUUUCUUGGUAGCGAAAAACAAUUUGCAGCAAAGUAUUCUCGUCCUAUAUUAGCUUGCAGAGAACCUAAAGCUGGCCCAAAAGAACAGGAAGCUGGUGCUUUAGCAAUGGAAGCUCUUCAUAGACAGGUAUUACCAUUUUUAUUAAGACGAAACAAAGAAGAUGUUCUUCAAGAUUUACCACCUAAAAUUACGCAAGAUUAUUAUUGCGAUCUUUCGCCAUUACAACGUAAUCUUUAUGAAGAUUUUCGUACACGACAUUCUGCUGCCUUUAUCACUAACGUAUCAUGUGCAUCUGCAAGUGAUCCUCAUGGUGGUCAUGUCUUUGAAGCAAUACGUUACUUGCGUAAUGUCUGUAAUCAUCCUAAGCUAGUGUUAAGUCCAAAACAUCCUCUGUAUCAAACAGUAUGCAAUACAUUGAAACAACAGCAAACUACAUUAGCUGAUAUCGAACAUGGAGCAAAGUUACCAGCUUUAAAACAAUUAUUACUAGACUGUGGUAUCGGACAAUCUCAACAGAGUAGAAAUUCAUCAGCUAGUACUACUAGUGACAAUCAACACACUCAGCAACAAUUAGUUAGCCAACACCGUGUUCUUAUAUUUUGUCAAUUAAAAGCAAUGCUUGAUAUCGUAGAAAAAGACCUGCUUAGAACUCAUCUACCGACUGUCACAUAUUUACGUCUUGAUGGAAGUGUACCAGCUACUCAAAGGCAUUCCGUUGUUGCACGUUUUAAUGCUGAUCCUUCGAUAGACGUUCUGUUAUUAACGACUCAAGUUGGUGGUUUAGGAUUAAAUUUGACCGGUGCUGAUACCGUGAUUUUCGUUGAACAUGAUUGGAAUCCUAUGAAAGAUCUUCAGGCUAUGGAUCGAGCUCAUCGUAUUGGUCAGAAAAAAGUUGUCAAUGUCUAUCGUCUUAUUACUAGGUCUACGGUAGAGGAAAAAAUUAUGGGGUUACAAAAGUUUAAAUUACUUACUGCCAAUACAGUGAUUUCUACAGAAAAUGCUUCUCUGGAGACUAUGGCUACUGAUCAGUUACUUGACUUAUUCUCUUUGGACAAUGGUAAAGGAAAAAAAUCUGAGAAUCAAGAAAAUAUUGGAAUAUCUAAAGUUCCGUGCGUACAAGGUGUUAAUCGUUCAGUACUUGAGAUAUUACCCGAACUGUGGGAGCAACAACAGUAUGAUGACGAAUAUGAUCUCGAUACAUUUUUAUCUACUUUAAAGGCUGAUUGCCAAUAAGUAACAGCAACAGCAACAACAAUAGCAACAGCAACAACAACAGCAACAACAGCAACAGCAACAGCAAUAGCAAUAGCAACAGCAACAGCAUGUCAUAUAUACGUCCGAUGAAUCCUUCAUCGUUGAAUAUAUUAUAUAUUUAAAAGUACAAUUAUUAGAAAUUGUAUAUAAAAUAUAAAAGGAGAUCUAUCAUGGGAGAGAGUGAGAGAAAGCAUCAUCGUAUAGGCCAUGUCAAAUGAUCGAGUAAUUAAUUAAUAAUCGAUCUCGAAAAUAGAUCAACUUAAGUAUAAUAGUAAACGUUGUCUUUUUUUAAAUAAAACGAUACGGACAUAGUGACGUAAGUUAUAAAAUGAUUGUAUUGAUUAUUAUGUAACAAGAUAAGUAAAUUUUUAGUUUAUUUAUAUUAAUUUAUAAAAAUCUCAAUACAAUUAUAUAUAUAUAUGUAUAUAUAUAUAUAUAAUUUCGUAUUUGUACUACCACGUAACACCAGUAGGCGUAAUUAUUAUUAUUUAUAUAUUGUACACUAAGUCCGUACAAUUAUACAACAAUUAUGAUUGCUAACUCUUUAUACAACCUUAUUACUUUCUAUCGUGAGAGAGAAACGCUUACAAUUCUCUAUUUUUAAUUAUUUGCUUUGUUUUUUUUUCUCUCUGGUAUCAUCACGAGCGUUUUAUAUUUUUAUUAUAUCACGAAAUACGUCUUGGUAAAUUAAUGGGCACUGUCAU